UAAGGUUUCUAUUGGUUUUUGUGAGAUUACGUCAUGCGCGUAUGAAUAAUAAUUUAUACGUCACGUUAUUAUCGUUGUUAUGCUUCGCUUUUAAUUAAUCAAGUUUUAAAUCAUACUAAUAUAUGUAGGUGUAGGUAUCGAGACACACAAAUCAGUCCUUUUAUUUUGUAUAUAAUCAUGUUGCGUAUGAAAAGGUUUCGAGUCUAUUGACUAAUCUUCUUUCUAAAUUUUUGAAGUGGAUACGAAGAAAGAGACAAAACAAGAGGAAUACAUUAUUCUCUCUUCUAUCUUACAUCGACUCUGAUCUGGAUCUCAAUCUCAAUCUCCAAGUUUACUUCAAAAGCAAUGACCAAGAUCUUUUUCUUAUUCUCUAUCAUCAUCAUCAUUUUUCUUCAAUCUCCACCAAAAAUCCAAUCCCAAACUAUUCCAAGAAACAUUAGUAUCUUCAUCUUGGCCGGGCAAAGCAACAUGGCGGGUCGAGGUGGAGUUUAUAACGACACCGCUACAAACACCACCGUGUGGGACGGUGUGAUCCCCCAGGAAUGUCGAUCAAACCCUUCGAUCUUCCGUCUCACGGCCAAGCUCAAGUGGGAAAUUGCUAAAGAGCCACUACACGUUGACAUUGAUGUUAACAAGACUAAUGGUAUUGGACCGGGUAUGUCAUUUGCUGAUCGGUUGUUUUACCGGUUCGGUCAUGUGGGUUUGGUUCCUUGCUCUAUCGGUGGGACUAAACUAAGCCAAUGGCAAAAGGGUGAGUAUCUUUACGAGGAUACGGUGAGGAGAGCGAAAGCCGCGGUUGCUAGUAGUGGAGGCGGCUCGUACAGGGGGAUUUUGUGGUAUCAGGGUGAGUCGGAUACGGUGGAUAUGGUGGAUGCUUCGGUUUAUAAGAAGAGACUAGUCAAGUUCUUUACUGAUCUUCGAAGUGAUUUAGAUCAGCCAAAUCUUCCUAUUAUACAGGUGGCUCUAGCGACAGGGGCAGGACCAUAUGUUGAUGCGGUGAGAAAAGCUCAACUCAAGACAGAUCUUAAGAACGUGUAUUGUGUUGACGCCAUGGGUCUACCUCUUGAACCGGACGGUUUGCAUCUUACCACUUCAUCUCAGGUCCGGCUCGGUCAAAUGAUAGCCCAGAGUUUCGCGGACAAUAUUCCCAAUUCAGCUCAAUCACUCUAUAUGCCUCUUCUAAUUACUUCCUUCUGUUGUUCCCUUUCUAUCAUCUUUUUAGAAAUCUUGGCACCUACCUUACCAUUUUUGUAACAUUUUUUUUUCAUUUUUUUUUUUUCUUUUUUUGGAUUCCUCAUGAUAUUUGUCCAAAUUAUUAUUAUAGAGAAACUUAAGUCUUAUU